AUGGUCAACAUGCGCGUUCACUACAACACCAGCUCCAACCGAACCCGAGUCAUCAAGACUCCCGGUGGUGAUAUCCGUCUGCUUCACAUCAAGAAGCGAGGCACUGUCCCCAAGUGCGGUGACUGCGGCUCCAAGCUCUCUGGUAUCCCCGCUCUCCGACCCCGCGAGUACUCCCAGAUCUCCAAGCCCAAGAAGACCGUCCAGCGCGCCUACGGUGGUUCUCGAUGCGGUAACUGUGUUCGUGACCGUAUUGUCCGAGCUUUCCUCAUCGAGGAGCAGAAGAUCGUCAAGAAGGUGUUGAAGGAGCAGGAGCAGAGCCAGAAGAAGAAAUAA